CAGGAGCACAUGUAAGUACUUUGGCCGUUAGGCUGCGUUCAUCAGGAAUAAACUGGAACAGGAACACAGCGAUCUACUGUAACAGAACUCCAGGAUGCUUUGCCUGAAAGAUGAACUGUUUGUUAAAGUUUUCCAGCACAUUGUUGUCGUCCUCCUUACACACUGCUGUGGAGGUCAGUCUCUGGUUGGGGGUCCACCUCCUCCAGUAGCAGCAUUAGUCGGUGAGGACAUCCUCUUGCCGUGCCGCCUGGACCCUGCAGCAGAUGCUGUUUCUAUGAUUAUAGAGUGGGGGAGACCUAACCUGAAACCCAGAUUUGUCCACGUGUGGCAUGAAGGUCAAGAUCUUCUGGUGAACCAAAACCCGUCUUACAAAGGGAGGACAUCGCUGUCCACUGACAAACUGAAGCAUGGAGACCUUUCACUGAGACUCUCCAAAGUAAAAGUGUCUGAUGGUGGAACAUACAGAUGCUUCAUACCAAAACUCAGCAGAGAAUCGACUGUGCAACUUAUUGUUGGCUCUGUCUCCUCACCUGUUAUAACUGGGAUUAACAUAAGCAGCAAUGCAGGGGUUCUACAGUGUGAGUCUAAAGGCUGGUAUCCAGAGCCUGAGGUGGUCUGGCUGGACGGUGAGGGAAACCUCCUCUCUGCUGGACCUACAGAGACAGUCAGAGGUCCUGAUGACCUCUAUACUGUCAGCAGCAGAGUGACUGUGGAGAAGAGACACAGCAACAACUUCACCUGUAGAGUCCAACAGAAGGACAUCAACCACGCCUCAGAGACCUGCGUCCGUUCAACAGUUAAUCCUGAUUAUUUCCACCUUAACACCGGUACUGUAGUUCACAUUAUUAGGUUACGUUAGCUGAAGCCCUAUGUGUAAUUCAGAAUCAAUACGUAUGAGAUGUUGUUGUCUACAUAAAAUUACUACUAAUAACAGAGUUUAUUUUAUGUUUUUUUUUUUUUCUGAAUUCUAAAAAAGUGGAGUCAAAGACACCCAGAUUCCUUUCAUAUGUCAACUAUUUGAGGACAAAGCCUAAGACACUCCUGAGUUCAGGGCAGCAUGUCAAAUUCACAAUGUGCUUUAUUCUAUGUUUCCUUUGUUGCUUGAUAAUGUUAAUGAUGAACCCAAUAAUCAUACAUAAAUUCUUUGACAGAGACCUGGAAAACAUCAUGUUAUAUAAAAGGCAUGUAAAAUAAUAUUGUAAUAUGUAAUGUAAUGUCAACAAUGGACCUUUAAACUCAAUAAAUAACAGUUUAUUUCCAUC